AUGUUCGACUACGGAUAUACCGUCACCUUCCACGUUCGGUCCAAUCCUGAAUACGUCGAUCCAAGUCUGGUGCCGUUAUUUGUCUCAGAAGUUGUCAACCAAAAUUAUUCCUACUUGGCAAUGUUGACCGUCUUAGUCUAUCAUGCUCUCACAAAUAUGGAUAAGGAGGUUCGAUACUUCUGGAAUCGCUACAUUGGACUCCUUGGACAGAUUUGCAACAUAAUUGUCGAAAGCUUCAACGAGAGCCUUUUGACGUCGGUACAAACUUUCAUCAUCAAUAGUCAGUACUGA